GGUAGUAGAACAUGUGAGGCAGAAGCAGAAAAAUCUAUUCUGAAUCCUUCCGCAGGUAUAUCUUCAUUAAAGCUGAAGCAACCAGGAUUCCAAGACCUCAGACAGAAAGAGCCGAAUGAUCGAGCAUUUCCUACAAAAAUAAAAACAAGUUCUGAAUCUGAUUCAACUAAGAGCAUUCUACUCCCAGAUUCGAGUUGCGAGAAAGGCUUAAAUAAUCUUCAUUUUAAUAGGAUCAUUCAGAUCGUGAUUCGAAUAUUUGCAGCGAAACCUAGGUGUAGUGGUGGGGUCAAUAAAGGAUAA